AACUGGAUUCCUGGAACACGAUGUACUCCAAUUCAGAGAUAAGAAGGUACAAUUGAUGACGAUGCAGUCGUAGCUGAUCUUAUCGUUCAUGAAACUCGUUCGUGGCAUAGAGAAAGAGUUAUGGCUUCAUUGAACAGCUUCAUUGCGAAGAAAAUCCUUAGCAUCCCAAUCUCUUUUAGACUUCCUCAUGACAAAGUUACGUGGCAAUGGGAGAAAUCAGGUGAAUACUCAGUUACGUCAGGCCACCACUUACUGUGUGAGAACAAAUCUAAAGAAGUGGUUGAAUCCUCCUUAAUGAGAGGAUCUGAUAUUUGGAAGCAGAUAUGGAAUUUCAAUGGUCCCAGGAGCGUGCAAAAUUUCCUUUGGCGGCUUGCUAGCAACAGUCUCCCUACCAGAUGUAAUCUCAGCAAAAAUGGUAUAACUCUGGACCAAACCUUCCCUCUUUGUAACUCUGGACUGGAAGAUUUGAACCAUCUCUUUUUGCACUGUCCGGCUGCGAAGGCUGUUUGGUUUUCAUCUCCACUUGGAAUUCAUAUUCCUCCCAACAGUAUGUGUAGAGAGUGGCUGGAACUUCGGUUGAAGAAGGAUGACCCUCUAGCUGUCCAGUUUUUUGGUAUUACCCUUUGGCGGUUGUGGCAGGGAAGGAAUCAAUUGAUUUUUAAAAAUUCACCAUUUGAUCCUGCCUUAAUUGCGCAGUCAGCAGUGCUGCUAGUUGAAGAGUUCAAUUUGGCUAAUAGGAAAGCAGCGUGUCAGCCAAUCUCCCGCGUUCCCACUCGGUGGUGCCCUCCUCAGACCGGUAUUGUCAAGAUCAAUGUGGAUGCAGGAGUUUUCACUGAUGGCAGCACAGGUUGGGGUUUUGUUGCUAGAGAUCACCAGAAGGGGAGCAAUUCACGAGCCUGUGUAUAGAGACUGAUGCUGAACAGGUUGUUCAUUGCCUGCGCCGUAGGAAGAAAAUUGCAGCUAUUGAGUUUCUAAUCCUAGACUGUUUAG